CCUUCCAACUUUCCGUCUUUAAAAAGAAGAGCUUCGAUCGGUUGAUCAGUGAGUCGAGUCUCUAACCGUUAAAUUCUUUGUACUCGAAAAAAAUUGUUUUAUCCACCUUAUCCACUUCCGGCGUAAAGAAAAAUUGAUUUCUUUUUUCUUUUUUUUUUUGAAUUUCUUUUUUAUUCUUUUUUAUCCUGUUUUAAAUCUCUCUUUUUUAUUCAUCUCUCGUUGGUUUAAAAAAGUGCAUCACGUGUCUGGUGAGUUGCAGAAUCAUUCUAGACGUGCAAUGAAUCAUUUUAACUGUUUCUUCUUGGUAUCGCACAGUGUUUGUUAAUGAAAGAAUAUAAAAAAUAAGAAAAAUAGAAAAAACUUUGAAGAUAUAAUAGAAGCAAAAAAUUCACAUCGUGAUCGUGUAUUUCAGAAGAAUAAAGAAAGAACAAGCAGCUUUUCAAAAAUUACCAACACUCAUCGCGAGUUCAACCAUUUCUUUUAUUGCAGACGCAUCACAACCAAAGGCAGUAAGAAUGGCUGGUUCUCCAGUUUUAGAAAAUGAGAACAAAACUGAAACUCUGGAUGAUACUUCUUAUACUAUGCUAGAUUUUCUUCUACUCUUAAUCAUAUUUGUGACAGCUUUGUGGUGGCUUUUUAUGCGUAGAAAUAAACCAGAGGAAUUCACACCUCCUCCUAAAUCAUACUCCAUUCAACCAACAUCGUUUACAUCGUUAACACCAUCGGAAAAUUCCUUCACAAAAAAGUUAAUAUCGUCCGGACGUAGUUUAGUCGUAUUUUAUGGUAGUCAAACUGGAACAGGUGAAGAAUUUGCAGGCCGAUUAGCCAAGGAAGGUAUCCGAUAUAAAUUGAAGGGUAUGGUUGCAGAUCCAGAGGAAUGCGAGAUGGAAGAAUUGACGCAUAUGAAAACGAUUAAAAAUAGCUUAGCAGUAUUUUGUUUAGCCACGUAUGGAGAAGGUGAUCCUACAGACAACGCAUUAGAAUUUGUUGACUGGCUUAAGAAUGGGAAUCCAGAUCUUACAGGGUUAAAUUAUUCAGUAUUCGGACUUGGAAACAAAACUUACGAACAUUACAAUGAGGUAGCCAUAUAUGUCGAUCACAGAUUGGAACAAUUGGGAGCUACUCGUGUUUAUGAAUUAGGAUUAGGCGAUGAUGAUGCUAAUAUAGAAGAUGAUUUCAUUACUUGGAAAGACAAAUUUUGGCCAGCUGUUUGUGAAUACUUUGGUAUUGAAGAUACAGAAGAAGACGUCAGUAUUAGACAAUAUAAAUUAACGGAACAUGUUGACAUUUUACUUGAACGUGUUUACACCGGAGAAAUAGCACGUCUUCAUUCUUUCAAGAUUCAAAGACCACCAUUUGACGCUAAGAACCCUUUCUUGGCACCGAUCAAAAUCAACAAAGAAUUACAUGGUCCAACAUCCGAUAGAUCUUGUAUGCAUAUUGAGUUGGAUAUAGAAGGAUCUAAAAUGCGUUAUGAAUCUGGCGACCAUUUAGCUGUAUAUCCUGUCAACGAUUCAGAAUUGGUUAAUAAAAUUGGAGCAAAAUGUGGAGUUGAUUUAAAUAUUGUAUUCACUCUUACUAAUACAGAUGAGGAAUCCACUAAAACGCAUCCAUUCCCGUGUCCUUGUACAUAUAGAACUGCCUUAACUCAUUAUUUGGAUAUAACCAGUAAUCCUAGAACUCAUAUUCUAAAAGAAUUAGUGGAAUAUGCUAGCGAUCCAGUUGAUAAAGAGAAAUUACAGUUGAUGGCCUCUACCACCGUUGAAGGCAAAGCGGCCUAUCAACAAUGGGUCGUUCAAGCAAACAGAAAUAUUGUACAUAUCUUAGAAGAUAUUCCUAGUCUGAAACCAGCUUUGGAUCAUUUAUGUGAAAUUUUACCACGAUUACAAUGUCGUUAUUAUUCUAUUUCUUCGUCACCAAAGCUUCAUCCAAAUUCAAUACAUAUUACCGCUGUUGUCGUGGAAUAUAAAACACCAACGGGUAGAAUUAAUAAAGGCGUUACAACCAGUUGGUUAAAAGAAAAGCAUCCUUCAAAUCCACCCUGUGUUGUUCCUAUAUUCGUAAGAAAAUCACAAUUUCGUUUACCACCGCGAUUGUCUACCCCAAUUAUCAUGAUUGGACCUGGAACCGGUAUAGCACCGUUUAGAGGUUUCAUACAAGAACGAGACUUGGCCAGGAAGGAAGGCACAGAAGUGGGUGAUACGAUAUUAUAUUUUGGAUGCAGAAAGAAGAUGGAAGAUUAUUUGUAUAAAGAAGAAUUAGAAGAAUAUGUAAAAAAUGGUACACUGACAUUGCAUACCGCAUUUAGCAGAGAUCAGCCUGAAAAAGUAUACGUAACGCAUUUACUUGAAAAGAAUAAAGAUGAAAUAUGGAAAGUCAUUGGUGAACAAAAUGGUCAUAUAUAUGUUUGCGGCGAUGCAAGGAAUAUGGCUCGUGAUGUACAUAAUAUAUUACUAAAAGUUGUCACAGAAAAAGGAAAUAUGUCGGAAAAAGAGGCCUCAAUGUACAUUAAGCAAAUGGAAUCGCAGAAACGUUAUUCCAGCGAUGUUUGGAGUUGAAUUUUAUUUUAUUACUUCAAUACCUUAUAAUUUUAUGUCAAAUGAAAUUGCAAUAUUUGAUAUAAAACCAAUACGUGAACGUCAGGCACUGACUAUAUCUAUGUAAGCUUUUAUAUAAGCUAUUAUAGUUGGAUAAAAUAAUAUCUUACAAAA